AUGGUUCUGGCCUAUAAUACUGUGCUAAAGCAUAGUGGGGGUGGUAUAUCCGGCGGGCAAAAGCAACGUUUGGCCAUCGCUCGGGCCCUUAUUCGACAACCCCGAAUCCUUCUGUUCGAUGAAGCAACCUCAGCUUUGGACACGCGAUCUGAAUUUCUUGUUCAAUCAGCACUGAAGUCGGCCUCGUAUGGACGCACUGUAGUCAUAGUGGCUCAUCGUCUUAGCACAGUACGCGAUGCAGAUAAAAUCAUUGUCAUUGACAAAGGCGCCAUUGUCGAGAUGGGUCCACACGAUGAGUUGGUAGCCAUGGACGGUGCCUAUGCAAAGCUUCUUGAAAAGCAGGUCUGUCUAAUCAAUCUCUAUUUUGCAUUUUAA